UUGUUCUUAUAAUCUAUAGCAAUCCAGCCUAAGUACGUUCUUAAUAUUAUUACCUUAACGUUCUUAUAAACUAGUUUCUCAUGAUUAGACAUGCAUACUAUGGACUUUCUCUUUAUUAUAAAAGAAAUAUAAAAAUGAUGGUAGCGAUAAGUUAAAUUUCAAAUUGCGUUCAUCUAAGUUUAAAAAUGUGAAAUUUGAACAAAAAAUGUAAAUAUUUUUUGAAAUCUUUAAGGAACAAAAAUAUUUCGGAGCAAAAAUACAUACGUUAAUUAUUCAGAGAACUUAACAAUCUUGAAAAUGGCUUCAUCAGUGUUUUAUAAUGCUGGCAACGUUAACUUUUCUGGUGAGAAUAUAACUUUAAACGAAGAAAAACAUCCUGGUAUUCAUUCAUCAAAUGACAGACUUAAUCAAAGAGCGCCUCUACCGUAUAGCGGUGGCGAGUUUAAAGAUUUCAAAGUUGACCAGGUGUAUGCUUCAAGUAUCAAGAGAAAGAAAUUAAACUGCGUAAACAGACCAAGUCAAAAACAAUAUUUAAUUUCUCGAAGAUUAGGUGCUGACGGUCAGACACCUCACAAAACACAUCAGUCCCCACAAACAGAGAUUUUGCCACCGUUGCCAAGGAGAAGCAGAAUCAUAACUUUCGUCUCUAAGAAAGACACAACAAAUACGGCUAGAUACCUUAUUUCGCCAAAAGUUACCAAAUUAGAUGCAGUUUUAAAAGAUGCAAGUUACUUGUUGAAGUUGGAUUAUGGACCACUUUAUUCUAUUGAGGGACAUCAGAUUUUAUCAGUAGAUGAACUAUUUCGUGGUAAUAAUACAUAUAUUGCUUAUGGACGCUUUGAUAAACCAAACUCCGCGAGAAGCCUGCCACUUCAAAAGGGACACUCAACUAGAGAUUAUGGCAUUCCAGAUACAUUGGAAUCAAGGAAAGCGUUCAAUAUCCUUCCUAAUGAAUUUCAAUCUGAUACACCAAGGAUUUCACCCAAAAAAACAAUGCAGUUGCUAGGUCCUACUUGUGAAGGUGUUGAGAGAAUUGCAGCAAAACAAGGGGACACAUUAUGGUUGGCUACUGUGAAAACAAGUGACAUCGAGGACGCUGGCAGUGACAAUACAGCCUACAUUACAUUGUAUGGAGACAAAGGGAAAACAUCAGAAAUUAAUUUAGGAGUACCUGUACACACGCAACGAUACUAUAGAAAUUCAAUUAAUGAAGCAGAUUUCAGAAUUAAAGAUGUCGGGGAUCUAUACAAAAUAAGAAUUGGACACGAUAAUGAUGGUAAUUGGUCCAGUUGGCAUCUUGAAAGCGUAAUACUGACUAACUUGGAAACUAGCAAGGAAUACAAUUUUGAUUGCAAUCAAUGGCUUUCACGUGAAAAAUCUGAUGGCAAAAUCUUCAGGGAAUUUGCUGUGAAGAAAGCAGAUCAAGACAUCCAACCACAAGAGAAUCAACACAAGGACAAACAAAAGGUGAUGGCUGAUAACAAAUUAGAAGCAGAAAGCGAAGUAAAAGUUAUGUCAAAGCUAUCUGGUAAAGCUUUAUGUUACAAUAAUAAAAACCAAAAACUUCAUGGAACUGGUCAGGGAAAACAUUGCUGUACUUGGUCAAUUCGCAAUGGCGAAGACGCAGACACACACCUGCUGUUUUCAGUGUAUGACUCAAAGUACAUAGCAAUCAAUGAAAAUCAAAUUCACUUAACAAAGGGUAACCCCGGCCUGUUAAAUGAAUUUUAUGUUUUAACGAAUGCCGAUGGUGAAGCAUCUUUUGAAAGUGUCGUAUACAGUGGUAUCUUUUUGGGAUGCGAUGAGAAGGGUCAAAUUGCAAUUGCUAAAGGUACAGCUCAAAACAAAUGGUUUUAUAUAAAAGCAAAGAUGUCUGAGAUACCAACAACAGAAGAACAUGAAAAAAUUAUAUGUGAAGACGCUUCAAACAUUGUUAACGUCAAUGAUAAAAGUGAAGAAGUAGUCAGACCAGCCGAAAACAAUGAAACGAAAGAAAUUAAAAACAUAAAAAACCUUUGCAUAAACAAGAAGAAAGGGGACAAUAGUAAAAACAAACAGAAUUCGGCGAAAAAAGAGCAAACUUUUAUUUCUAGUUCUAAUCCUUCGAAACAAACACCCCCUUUAAUAUUACCUAGAUAUUCCCCAGUACCACCAUCAACUGGGAAACCUACUUACAAAAGGAUACCACCUAGGGCGAAUAGACCAUCUUCUUCAACGUUGUCAAAUUUUACACCUCAAUCAGAUUGCAGCAAGUCAAUAAACAAAGAGAGAGAUACUGGAUAUUCCACUAGAAGAAAAGGGGCAAAGCAAGAACAAAACAAAGAUAAAAGUAACGUUAAACGAGAAUUGCAAAACAUUAGCGUGGAAUACAACGAUGAAACGAAAAAAGAAGACCUAAUUGACUCUGCAAAACAAAAUGAAAAGCAACCAGUUGUUGACCAAGUACCUGUGGAGAUAAUUUUAGAUAAAAAAGAAACAAACAAGAUGAGGAAAAAGAAAGCUAAACUAAAGAAAGAGGAAAAAAAGAAGGAAAAAAAGAAACUAGUGAUUCCUUCGGAAAAGAAAAAAAGUAAGGAUAAAGACAGUACAAAGGAAAAAUCAGAGCCUGUUGUGGAGAAAGUAGAAGACACCACAGAAAACUUCAUCCAGUCCGAGUCAGAUGUUGUAACGAAAGAUGUUUUCCCAAAAGAAACACUGAAAGAAAAGGAUGACACAAAAGAAAAUGAAAAUAACAAAGAAUCAAGGAAAUAUAGGCAGACUAAAGAGGAAAAAUUAAGAGUUGAGAAAUGCAAAAAUAGAAAAGCAGGAAAUUGUCAAGGUAAGCAGUUAGAUGACAAAGAAGGAAUGCGGCAUAAAAAAACUAUUGGAAAUGAAAAUGAAGAUAAGGACAAGAAAGAUAGCAAAGGAAAUGAAAAACCAUUAAUAGGAGAGGAAGAUAAAGAAGUAGGAGGUUGUCAAAAAAAUAAAAAACCUAAGUUAGACAAAGUAACAGAUCCAGAAAAAGAAGUGGAAGAACAACCACAACAAGAACGAGAAGAUAAAAAAUGUGAGAUAAAAGACGUUGAAAAUAAUUUUAAGCGUAAAAAAGAAGGAAAUGUAGGAGAUAAACAGGUAAGAGUAACUUGUAAGAAACAGGAGGAAGUUGAUAUGGAAGGUGAACUGGAGAGAAUAAUAGAAACUUCUGUGAGCAUAGCGGAAAUUAAAGAUGAAGAAAAAAAAGUUAAAGAGAAGGAAGUGAACUAUUGUGGACUAGAAGAUGUCCUGAAUGAAAGUAUUGAAGAGAAUAGGAAAAAGAAGGAAGAGGUUAAAGAAAAAAAAGAAGUAAACGAGAAAAAAGUUAUGGAAAUUAAAGAAGAGCCACAAAAUGAAAUUAUUGCAAUAAAAGAAAAUGAAGAUAAAAAUAACAACAACGAACAGCAAAGAAGUCAAAAUGUAAGUACCAAAGACAAGAAAUCUCAUGUCAUUGAAAAAAAUAAUGAAGAACAAGUUAUAGAAGAACAAAAAGUAGGCUUUUCACAAGAAAGACAAAAUAUAGAGGAACCAAUUAAAAGUCAACUUGAAAACAAAGAUGCAGAUGAAGCAAUUCAUGAAACAGAUAAAAAGCCAGAUAAAAAAUCAAGAACGAAAAACAGAAAACUGAAAGAGGAUGACGAAGAAUACAUAAAAUAUUUAAACAGGUUUAAUUUGUGGCGAGAAACAAGGCUAAAACAACUUCACAAUAUUGACUUAUGAACAAAAAGUAAAAAAAUAUUUGCGAAUUUUUAUGGCUUUAAGCAGCUCCUAUAUGCAUCAAUCACAUUGCACCAUCUGGAAUUGAAAACCUGUAAACAAAAUGGUCGUUUUGUUUAAAGAAAUCUCUACAAGCGUUAAACACGAUAAAUUAUUAAUUUUAAGAAAAUAAAAUUUUUUAAAAUUGUCUGUUCGAAUAUUGGAGUUCAAAAAGAUCUAUAUGAUGUUAGAUGAUGUUUUUUGGAUAGAUUUUAAACACAGACUAACUGUAUUUUUAGGUACGAUGUAUUUUUCAGUGGUGGAUCUUUCCUUCUCUUGUGGAUAAAAAUUUAGAAAGUUUUUGUAAUAAUUUAUGACUGUUUUUAUUUCAUCGAGAUGUUUUUAAAAAAAAUAUAUUUGUUACCCUUUUUUUUAUGCAAUACUGAGAACUUUGUUGGAAUACUCUUCGUUAUGGCAACAGUACGUGCUUUGAUAUUACCUUUUUAAAAUAGGCGUGUAUUGUUGCUGUUAAAUCUUUAUAUUGUAUAGAAUACACAUAAACUUCACAUCUGCAUUGAGCUGGAUUCAAACCCACGAUAUCUUACUUAACAAAUAUGCUGUAACCGGCUACUCUCGAUCCAAUGGUAAACAAAACAUCUUUGCAAAUUCGCCUGAACAGUGGGUAGAAUGAUGUGAGAACGUAAGAUCGUGGAUUUAUAUUCACCUCAAUACUUGUUUUCGUAUGCACCUGACAAGAUCAUCCUAAAAAUUGACACAUGUACAUAUAUAGAAGUUGAAUUUGUACCUAGCUAAGUCAGACAAUGGUGAUCAUAAAUUAUUAUUGUUAAAAACGUGUCAAAAAUAGGAAACUGAGAUUUCCAUUUCAUCUGAUACACUUAGCUUAUGUCAAAUACCUUCAAACAACUGUAACAUAGCGUUUCACAUCAGAAUGCUGCGUGUAUUACUUUGAUAACAUUUGGAAUUUUUGACAAAUAUUUUUAUUCCGA